GAAAGCGACUUCAAAGUUGUAGCAUCCCUAUUUUUGCAGCGCACAUGUAAUGGAACCGCUGCCGCUUUGAGCAGCAAAACCCAAUAUUUUAACCCUGUCGUAACUGCUACCGCCCUCCCACUUGCCAAUCAACAUUAGUAGUGUAGUUGAAAUGACUGAGGAAGCUGUGGAUGAUCCUGCUGCUGUGGAAGAUGGUGAGGAGGAAGAAGAAUACUCAGUGGAGAAAAUUCUGGACCGAAGAAUAAAAGGAGGACGGGUUGAGUAUUUCUUGAAAUGGAAAGGUUAUGGAGAUGAGGACAACACCUGGGAGCCUGAAGCCAACCUUGACUGCCCUGAGCUCAUUGCAGAAUUUGAAAAUGCACGCAAGAAAGAUGAGGCCAAAAAGAAAGAGGAAGGCAAGAAAAAGACAGAUUCUAAGAAGAGAUCAGCUGCUGAUGAAGGAUCUGCUAAGAAAAAACCUAAGAAGGGUGUUGAGGAUGACAAUAGACCUCGAGGCUUCGACCGUGGGCUGGAGGCAGAGAGAAUCAUAGGCGCCACCGACUCGAGUGGGGAGCUCAUGUUCCUGAUGAAGUGGCGCGGCACGGACGAGGCCGAUCUGGUGCCGGCCCGCCAAGCCAACACCCGCUGCCCGCAGGUCGUCAUCAAAUUCUACGAGGAGAGACUCACGUGGCACUCGUCCAAUGCAGACGAGGAAGAAGGAGCCGGUCAGCCGUAGUCCGUCAUUUUUUCAUCAUGUCGCAAACUUUUUAUGAGAGGACGAACCUCGACGAGAUGACACUUUUCCCUCACGCAGUAGCUGCUGUUCUCUGUCUUUACGACGAUCAACAGCCGCUUAUUCGGUUUUGUAUUAUUCUUGUAACUCGAGUUGUGAAGAUGACGAGCGAUAACAGCUAAUUUUAUUAUGGUAAAAAUUUUCCCCUCUUAUUUACCGUCAUUCUAAUUCGCACCGUUUCAGUGCGUACUCGAGAUACUGAUACAUGCAACCGUUAUUUCAAUAAAUACAUCUAUGAUUGAAUGGAUUCCCAUCUCCGUAUAAAGUGAUGUUUAUUGUUUAUGUUGAAUUACGAUUGUUCUAAUGGAAAAAUUUUGUUCAGUGAUGAAUUUAUUCGGUGACCAUGUCAUUUGUUCAGAACAAUGAGCACAACUGGCAAACGCUGUUUUUCCUAAGUGUGUUUUGUGGUGUUGGCUGCAGAAAGCAGAUCAUGUUCACACUUGAAAUUAAUGGAAUUUUUGUUUUUGCAUUGAGGUAGUUUAACUUACAAUUAACAUUUAAGGUUGUGCUAAUGAUGCUUCAUCGAAACUAUUUCCAGGAGAAUGAUUUCAUGCCGCACUAACAUUCAUAUUUAGGCGAAAUGAAUUCUUCAGCCCUUACUUAAACUUAAUUUCGAGAUUUUAAUCAUAAUCCAGUGCUUCCUCUAGUGAUUUUUGAGUAAUGAAAAUGAACGAUAAAUGGAACAAAAAGAAAAUUGAAAAAAGAGCUGAAUUUUUUUUUCUCACGUAGCCAACUAAAAUUGAAUUUCCUCUUUAUUGCCAUAAAGGUAUUUUGUUUUGGUGUGAUGAAUGAAGAAAAAAAAAUUUCCUUAACAGAUUAAUUCUAAUUCGUGGGAUAAUUCUGAUCCAUUUACUCAUCAUACCUUGUCUUAUUCUGGAUGAGUCUUCAUGGAGCAUAUAAAUGAGCACUAACUAAGGUCUUGUCAGAGAGCCCGUGAUCAGUUUUGUGCAUUAUCUGUUCAGGCGCAUCAUGACGCGACUUGAUGGUGAGAGAAAAAAAUCAUUUUUCCUCUUUUCAUAAACGAGACGAGCUACAGGCUCUAUAGGUUGUAUUUGUUAACAACCGCUUGGGUGGCGGAAGUGUGAGAAGCAUCUGAUAUGGGAACUGUUCUCUAUAUGUGUAGGUUUUGUGACCAGACUUACUAUUACCGAUUCUAUAUUGUUACGAAUGGCUAUCGAUUCUUAUAUAUGAUAAUACUGCUAUAUUCCAUGUCUAUAUCAUUUGAUGCUGCUGCAUGUAAUUGUACGAGAAUCUUCGGGCCGUGAAAUCAGUCGCAGGCUUGCAUCAGUUGGAACGAAAUUGCCAAAUUGGUUCUCUCUAAACACAAGGAUUGGCACUAAACGAAAGCAAAGUUAGAUUAUUGACAGUAUUUCGGCCACCUGGAUUCUUGGUGCAAUUACUUGAUAAUUCUGAUAUGAAGUGUAUGUGUAGUUUAAUCAGACGGUGGCGGAGAAUGAAAACAAAGUGGGAUCUAGAUAACGCAUUUCCAACAUUCAUAUUUUCUUUAAAUUGCAACUAUGUUUCGUUGCAAUCGCGAUUAAUUCCUUGCAAUUUAAUAUCCAAAAACUCGGCAUCCCGUGCUCAACUCUGGCGCCGGGACGGCCAUGCUAUAUUUUGUAUUUUUUUUACGGUGAUAGGACUUCAUUUUAACUCAAUUACCUACCUAAUACUCUAGAUUAUAUCUCGUAGUCGGAUUCGUAAUAGUGAUGCGGCAUCAAGUUAAGUUUUAUUUUUUGCUAGUGCCUUCUUUCCCGCCAUCUAAACCAGCGUCAAUAAAUUGACGUCAAUCUACUUACUUCCUGUACUCAUUUGAAGUUAAAUUCCGGUCUUCACGACCAAUGUUUUCUAAUUUCCUUCAAUGUAUACUUGAUCACUUGUUAAAGCUAACCUGAUCUUGACUCAAGAAAAUGGAUCCAAUUUUUAAGACUGUAAUAGAAGGACACAUUUCGA